AUGGUUAUGAAGGUCUCCGUCGCCCUCGUGGCUGCUCUCGCUGCUAUGGCCAAUGCCAGCCAUGAAGGUCUCCAUGCUCGUCGUGGGAACCAGGCUCGUUCCGUCAGCGUUGCUCCUGCGCCUGCCCCCGAGGCUACUUCUACCGUUCAAGUUUUCCCGACUCCGGUCGAGCCUGCUCCUGAAGCCCCUGCUACUCCUUCCGCUGAGCCCUCCGUUGAGCCCUCGGUGGUGCCUUCUGUUGCUCCUAGCUCCGUUGCUCCCGUUGUUCCCAGCAGCGUUGCCAGCUCCAGCACUGCCUCUUCCGUGGCUGCUUCUGCUUCGUCGGUCUCCAGCGUCGCCUCUUCGGCCGCUUCCUCCAGCGUGAUCGCUUCCAUUGCUCCCUCCAGCUCCAUUGGUGCCUCUGCCUCUGCCUCUUCCACUGAAGACUCGUCUUCCACUGGCAAGCCCCGCAUCACCCGUACUCCCUUCAGCUCUCGCCCCACUGGCUACCCCACUGGUCGUCCCUCCGGACUGUCCUCCUCCGCCUCUGGCAUCCUGAGCAGCUCUGCCGCUCUUCCUGCUGGCACUAACGUCCCUGGAGCUGGCUCCGAGUCUGCCAGCGCCAUCACCGUUACCUACACUGUCGGCUCCGGUGACUCCACCAGCCUCGUCACCACCACCAUCUACAAGACUGCCACCCAGGACCACACUGUCACUGCUACCGAGUCCGGCGCCGGUGCCGAGAUCACCAAGCCCGGUCAGGCUGGAAACAACCAGGCUGACAAGACUAGCACCCACACCAGCACCCUCCACUCCACCAAAACCGAGACUGUUACCCUCGUCGAGGUUCCAUCUGCUUCCGCCUCCGCUGGUGCUGGCAACGGUGCUGGCAACGGUGACUCUUGCAACCCCAACCCCGUCACUGUCACCGCCACCGUUACUGAGACUGUGACUGCCGGCGCCGAGACCACUGCUCCUGCUGCCAACAACAACAACCAGGAGACCGAAUCUGAGACUGUUGCCCCCGUCCCCGAGACCACCGCUUCCGUCUCCACCACCAAUGCCCCUUACAGCAGUGCCCACUCCUACAGUCGCACCCGCACUCUCACCCCUUCCAGCGGGUUCGCUACUCGCACUCCCACUGGAACCCCCAGCGUUAAGCCUUUCCCCACUGCUAGCGGCUUCCCCGCCCCUCCCAGCGGUACCCCCAGCGGCAAGCCCUACCUUGCCAACUGGCGCCGCAACUUCAUCUAA